AUUCCUAUACACCUAACUGCUAUAAAACUAUAUAAUAUAUAACUUCAUCUCAACUUUUAGAUUUCCCCUACAACUUUGGAGCUUAAAGAAAUAUCGUAUAAUUUUAGUCCAUCAUUGUUUCUUGAUUUCCAAAUAUGAGUACUUUGGCAACUUCUUUUGUUUACACAACAACAACAAGAGGACACUCCAAAAAGAGCCAAUCCAUACUUCCGGUGGCAAGGUUAUUUGGACCAUCAACAUUUGAAGCAUCAAAUUUGAAGGUGCUAUUCUUAGGUGUAGAUGAGAAAAAACAUCCAGGAAAGCUUCCAAGAAUAUAUACACUUACACAUAGUGAUAUUACAUGUAAACUUACUCUUGCUGUCUCUCAAACCAUCAAUAAUUCUCAGUUAGAAGGAUGGUAUAAUAGAUUGCAAAGGGAUGAAGUGGUUGCAGAAUGGAAGAAAGUUAAAGGGAAGAUGUCCCUUCAUGUUCAUUGUCACAUUAGUGGAGAACAUUUCUUAUUAGACUUUAUUGCUAGGCUCAGAUACUAUAUCUUCUGCAAGGAACUCCCCGUCGUUUUGAAGGCAUUUGUUCAUGGAGAUGGGAUUUUACUAAAGAAUUAUCCAGAGUUGCAAGAAGCUUUGGUUUGGGUUUAUUUUCACUCAACCAUACCAAAAUUCAACAAAGUGGAUUGUUGGGGUCCAUUAAAACAAGCAUCUUCACUUUCUUUUACUACUACUACUACUUCAUCUAGUGAAUCCCAAAUGGAUAAUACAAGAAAUUGCAAUUUGGAUUUACCACAGCCAUGUCAAGGGUCUUGCAAAUGUUGCUUCCCUUCAAACAAAAAUCUAAAGAGCGUUUAGUAUUGAGAAUGUUGGAUGUGUUACACAAUGAUGGAAUUAAGUAAUAACGCUUUUAACGAGCUUAGUGAAUAGAUUGAAAUGAUUCUGUAUUCGUCUACAAACUUGACAGAAUUGAUGUAUUUUACUGUCAUUGUAUGUAGGACUUAAUUCUUUAUUCUAAAUAUAAAUGAUUCAAUUGUCCCUUGGUUAAGAACAAAAAAUAGCCAUUUGGGGAUAAAGAUAGUGGAUACAUUUUUUUUCUUAA